AUUUGCAGGCCUAUCUUUCGAGUGAUGAAAGGAUUCGUGGUGGUGCAUUUGGGUGCCGGGAACUAUGCCAAGUCUCACCACCCGGCGUACUGCUCCCUCGCGGAAGAAGCGUGCACCGCCGCCAUCGAAGCUCUGCAAUCUGGCUGUGAUGCCGUCGAAGCCGCCACGAGGGCGGUCGAGGUUCUCGAAAACUCUCCUCUCACAAACGCUGGUGUCGGCUCCAAUCUCACAACCGAAGGUCACGUGGAAUGCGACGCGAGUGUAAUGUGUUCACGUGCUUCCCUUUUCGGCGCCGUUGGAGCAGUGAAGUGUCUCAAAAAUCCAGUCCGGACAGCGGAAAAGCUACUGAGAUUACAAUCAAAAGGCAGCAUGACUUGUGGGCGAAUCCCACCAUCCUUCCUUGCGGGCCCCGGAGCAGAGAAGUGGGCUUCCGACAACGGUUGUGUCUUGAUCAAUCCCCGCGACCUCAUCACUAAAGGAGCCUUACGACAGUUUGCAUCCAACACAAAUAAGCUGAAGCUCGCUGAAUUCGGUGUGCAAGACACUGUGGGCGCCAUUUGCGUGGACUCUAAUGGAAACGUUGCCUCCGCCGCUUCUUCUGGCGGUAUUGCAAUGAAACAUUCUGGUAGGAUCGGACCCGCUGCGUGUUACGGCGCCGGAACUUGGUGUGAAUCUGAAGGACCCUCCGCUGUAGCAGUUUGUGCAACCGGGUCUGGGGAAUACAUGAUGAGAACUUUGAUUGCCGAGCGAGCGUGCAGUGCGUUGAAACAGCGUGACAUGCUGCAGGACAUUGUGGAAAAGUAUUACAACAAGUCUUCAACGUUGAGUUUGAUCCCAGAGACUGAAAAGCUGAUCGGACUUUUAGCGGUGGAAUCUUCUGGUCAGGGUUCGAAAGUGGUCAUGACGUAUUGCCAUUCGACAAAGAAUAUGUGCAUUGGUUUCUCGACUACGUCCGCGAUGAAGCGGCCGGUUAGCUUUGUUUCCGAAUUGCCACUCGACAAAGAGCCCGGGAAAAGUUUGAUGUCUUCGGGACACGCUUUUACUUUAUCCAAGAAAUCAGCUUCGAAAUGUUGACUCGGCUUCCGCAUCAUCCUCUAGUGUGACUUGUCUUUUAAUUUCAGGCUUCUUUUGUUCUGUGAUGGAACGGUUGAAGAGUGAUGAAUCGAUGAAACGAAGUUCGCCUGAGAUGUGGCCUGAGUCGAUUCCAGGGUUGAACGCGUUCGUCGCUGAAAGGGUCAGAGAUGGUGGCGAGAGCCCGAUUCCCCCUUGGCUUGAUGAUCUUGGGGAAAGUGAAAUAAAUUUGCUCCAAGCAUUCGCAAACAAGACCCCGCGUGAGCUGAUGACGGAAAUGCGUCUUCUUUUAAACAAAGCAUACCACUUGGGUUUGGAAGAAGCUAAGGAAACGGCGAGAGGGAAAUAUUUGAAGGUUUUAGAACGUCGGUCACAACAGUGAAUGGAAUAUUUUCAAUGUGCAUUAUUUUUACAAAUAUAUUUCCGUUACAAAAUCUCA